AUGACUAUCACUAUCUCAGAAGGAGAUGAGACAGUAUCGAGAAAUUCACCGAGUAGAGGCGAGCUAAAUUAGGUAAAAAUGACAAAUUAUAUUCAAGAUCAGCAGAGUGCUGUUGCAGUUGAUACCCCAAUCAAUUAGGAUUUAGUGAACAGAAGGUUAUAAGGCAGAAUGGCUCUUAGUCAGGGUAAAAACCCCUUCACUCUAAAAAAUGAAAAAGUAAAGCGUUAUAGUAACUCUAAUAAUGAUGAAUAUGUAAUAAACUUUGGCACUGGUUCGAGUAAUAUUCGAUCACGCUAAUUUAAUCAAGUUAUCUCUAACUAGACACCAUACAACAACACAAAUGGAAAUGCCAAAGAUAUUAGCACCGCCAAUUAGACUCUAAUAUCCCCAAUUCAACUACACAAUCUUUACUAACAAGCUAAGCUAUCUAACAUUAAAAAAGCUAAAAAUGAAAAUUUAAAGAAAUUAACCUAUUCUGCAAACUAACAGGCAACAUUUCAAUAAUCUCCUCUAUUAAACAAAGAGUAAAACAAUAAUCAAGGAUUUUUGCCGCUGCUGACAUAAACUACAAAUAAUUUUGGAAAAGACCUCUAGAGUCGCAAACUUACAAAUUCUUAGGUUAGUAGUGGAGUAGAAACAACUACGUCAAGUUAGCUUACGCAAUAAAAGCUUUACUCUGGCUCAACUCAGUCUAACAAUAAUUAAGGUAUAAUUUCCUAGACUCCAAAUAAUAUGUCAAAUAAAAAUAAAGUCAUAGAUAAGAUCUAUAUAUACAAAGAGAAGCAGAGAAAUACAAAUAAUCAGAGCAAAGAUAAGAACAGGACAGCUUUACCUACAAAUACUAGAGCCAUCGAUUACUAUCAGACUAAAAAUUUAGCUUUGAGAGAGUUUAUCAAUGAAAACUAUCAUAGUAAUAAAGAAUAGAACUAAGGAACUUAAAUGAAUCUGAGAUCUACUAAAAAUAGUCUCUUUUCCAAAAACACAGUAGAUUUUCAAUAAUAAAAAUAGUAUCUGUAAGAUGAAUUAUUUGCAGAUAAUCAAAUUCUAUAAAACAUCAAUGAGGAGAUGCUUCGUUUGAACUAAUAUAUAAAGUAAAAGGUUUAUCAAAAGAGCAAUUACAACUCUAUUUUAGCAAGAAAGGCUGAUGAAAUUUCUCUGACCAGAAAAUCUUUCCAUAACAAGAUGAAAGACAAAUUUUAGGAGGAGUUAAGAGCUUAAACUAAGCUAAAAGAGCUUAAUAUAAAUUUAUUUGAGAAAUAAAGAGACUCUUACUCCCAUACAGUAAGAGAUUACAGCAAAUUUAAAUCAGCUUGCAGAUCUUACUCUAAGACAAUUAAAUACUAAACACCGAGAAUAUAUUAAAAUCUAACAAAGAGAGUUAUGUAAAGCUAGGAGUCUCAGAAUUUAGAUAGAACUAGACUGCCAUUGCUGUUCAUAAGAACUGCUAAUGAGGUACUAUUCAAAGAUUCGAUUAUACCCAAAUUCUCAAAGAUUUCGGUUAUGAAAACAGCCAACUUCGAAUACUUGAAAAUCUUAUCAUAAUAAACAGUAUCGAGAACGAUGAGGACUCAUAGGAGUUUUCCUAUCGAGAUAUCAGAGAGUCAAUUUAUCUCAUUUGAGAGAAUUACUGAUAUAAUAUUGAAGCUAACUCGACUUACUCCAUUAGAUUUUCAAUAAUUUCAUCAAAAUAGUAAUGGAUCAACACAUCAUCAAUAUCUUCAGGACUUUAUUGGCAAUCAUCAUCAUCAUUCUAAGAACUAAAAUUCCCAUAUUGACUAGAACUUCACAUAAAAUUUUAAAAAUCUAAGAAAAUCUCUGGAUGAUUUAAUCAACUUAAAACUCAUAAUGAAGGAUUUUGAACACUAAGAAACUAGAGAGCUCAAGUUUUAGUAGAUGAAAGUGAAAGUCGAGUUAUAAAAAACCUAAUUACAAAAAAACAGCAGUCCUGAGCCGAUCUAGAAAUUUCUAGGUAAGACUGGCAUUGAAUUGUACUACUCAACUUAUAAUGAACUGAAUAUGCAAAACACUUAGCUUAAGAAUUAGCUAAAUAGAUAUUUCAAUGAGUACUACUCUAACAAGGAGCCUUAGGAUAAACUAUAGCAAAUAUAUGAGGAUCUUCAAAGACAAAUCAUAAAAUCAACUUUUAAGCAUCGAAUGAUAAAAGUAUGUGCUUUUGAGAAUAGGAACCACCCACCAUCAGAACUUUACUUGUUUAUCGAUGAGAAAAAGAAGGCAAAGAUAGUAGAUAUUCUUGCAGUAAAGUAAAAAUAAAUACCAUAGCAAGUUAACACAAAUCCGCUAAUAAAUGCAACUAUAAGUUUAACCUUAUAAGAAUAAAAUAACUUUAUUAACCAAUUCACACAAUCAGCACAGAGAAAUAAGCAGGCUAAUAAUACUUCUAAUAUAUGA